AUGGAGAAUUUUUUAAGAUCCAAAGAGUAUUGGCAAGUAGUAUAUGAAGGAAUUGCUGAACCAGCAAAUGGCAUAGCAGUGUCAAGUGGACAAAGAGCGGAACUAGAAGCUCAACGGCUGAAAGAUUUGAAGGAUACUUCCACGAAUAUUUGGGAUUCUAUGAAGAAGAAGUACCAAGGCUCUACUAAGGCAAAGAGGCAGCAGCUUCAAACACUUCAUACAGAGUUCGAGACACUUCGAAUGAAGACAAGCGAAUCAGUGUCAGAUUAUCUUGCUCGGACAAUGGCCAUCGUGAAUAAGAUGCGGAUCCAUGGUGACACGAUGAAGGACACCACUAUUGUUAAGAAAAUUCUCCGAACAAUGACACCAAAAUUUAAUUAUGUUGUUUGUUGUAUCGAAGAAGCUCAUGAUAUUUAUGAACUUUCAGUUGAUGACUUACAUGGUUCUUUGUUAGUUCAUGAGCAUAAACUAAAUCAGCAAGAGAAGGAUAAAGAGGAGCAAGCCUUGAAGACCUCAAUAGACAAUCACUCAAAACCAAUGGUAGACAGAGGUCGAGGCAGAGGCAGAGGUAGCAAUGAUCGUGAAACUCAGCAACAAACCCAACACCAAAACAUUCGUGGAACUCAACAACAAUUCCAACAUCAAGGCAAUUACUCUCAUGACUAUCAUGGAAGAGGACGAGGAGGAGAACGAGGCUCAUAUAGACCAAAGUCAGCAGACAAGUCUAAUGUUGAAUGCUACAGAUGUCAUAGACUUGGCCAUUAUAAAUCUGAAUGUUAUACAAGGCUGCCACAAAACAGAGAAGUGGAGAAAUCGAAUUUCGUAGAGAAGAAAGAAGAGGAAACUCUAUUGAUGACAACUCAUGACAACAAGCUCAAGCUAGAAGAAAAUAUAUGA